AUGUCUGAGGAGAAUGAGACAUGGAAGAAAGACAUCCUGGUGGAAGAGCUUGCCGCCUUGAGGCUGCAGAAGCUGGAACAGCAGUGGCGGCUGUUUGAGAAGAAGCAACGACGGAAGCGCCAAGAACCCCUCAUGGUUCAGGCCAAUCCUGAUGCUUCCCUGCGGCUCCGGCGACUGUGGCGGCUGGAGAAGCACCUCCGGAGUGAUAGCGCUCAGCAAAGGCUCCCAGGGCUCCUCGUUAGUCUGGAGAGGGGCCUUGAGAACCCUUUCUUCCAGGAGAGAGUGACAGAGGCACAUCUGAGCUGUGGUGCCUGCAGGGUCCCGCACACGGUGACCUGUGGUGGAGAUGGCAGUGGCGAGCGCGGUCCCCUGGCAUCGCCGACAGAAGCAGACGGUUCUGAUUCUGAGUUGGAGGAAGUCUGCCUGGAGGAUGUUUUCGUGUCUCCCACACCUGAUAAACAGCCUCCCAGAACUCCACGAAGGGGGGCCAGUGUGGAGGAGAAGAGUGAAUCCCAGGAUGUUGGAGAUGAAUUCCAGGUGCCCAAUGUGGGACCAAACCCUGGAAUGGACAGUGACCUGGGACCAAAUCCUGGAAUGGAUGGUGACCUGGGAACAAACCCUGGAAUGGAUGGUGACCUGGGAACAAACCUUGGAAUGGAUGGUGACCUGGGACCUGAAAACUUGACCUCCCACCAGGUGGAGAGAGGCACAGCUACUAAGGAUGCUGAAGACCUGGAAGAGAAGAAAGCGGAGUCGGAGUCUGCAGAGACCAACUCCCCAGCAGCAGCCAACCAGGAGGUGUCCAAGGCCCUGGAAGGCAGAGUUGGCGCAGGCAGAGUUGGCGCAGGCAGCAUCGAUGUGUGGGGCGUGGCCUGCCCGGCACCCGGCACCCCAGGCAGUCACAUGGGCGAGUCCAUGGAGGCGUAUGUGUUGCAGCCGGUGCUCCCGGGCCUCAAGUUGCAGUGCCUCAUCAGUCGCAACAAGCACGGAGUAGACAAGGGCACGUUCCCUUCCUACUUCCUCUUUCUGGAGGCGACCGAGGGCCGGAAGCACCUCCUCCUGGCUGGGCGAAAGAGAAAAAGGAGCAAAACCUCGAAUUACCUCAUCUCCAUGGACUCCACAGACCUAUCUCGGAAUGGGGUCUACUUUGUGGGCAAACUCAGAUCCAAUGUCUUCGGCACCAAGUUCACCAUCUUUGACAACGGGGCGAAUCCCAACAGGCAAAAUUUCCUCUUGCAGACUGCCCACAUCAGACAGGAGCUGGGAGUUGUGUGUUAUGAGACCAACAUCUUGGGAUCUCAGGGCCCUCGGAAAAUGACUGUGAUCAUCCCAGCAGUGGACAGCCAGAACCAGAGAAUCAUUUGUCAGCCACAAAAUGCACAGGAGUCGAUACUGAGUCGCUACCAACAGGAGGCCAUGCAGGGGCUAAUCCUACUGAAAAGUAAAACCCCGUUGUGGAGCGAGGAGAGCGGUUCCUACGUGCUCAAUUUUCAAGGUCGAGUCACUCGGGCCUCAGUCAAGAACUUCCAGAUCGUGCACCCAAAUAACCCAGGGUACGUGGUGCUCCAGUUCGGCCGUGUGGCCCAAGACAUGUUCACCAUGGACUUCUGCUACCCGCUUUGCCCGCUCCAAGCCUUUGCCAUCUGUUUGUCCAGUUUAGAUGGGAAGCUGGCGUGUGAGUAA